AAAACGUGGCGGCUCGGGAGCGCGCACGCUGUGCGUCCCGGGCCGCUGGGGAUUGUGGCCAUUGGGAAAGGCUCCGGGGAAAGGCUAGGCCCAGGGUUCGGCCCGCCAUGUUCCUCUCCGCGGCGCUCCAGGCCGGCGCCACUCGCCUCGCCGCCCAGUGGGGAAGGCAUAUAAGGAGCUUUCAUAAGACCACUGUGCAAAAUGGAGCUGGAGGAGCCUUAUUUGUGCACAGAGAUACUCCUGAGAAUAACCCAGAUACUCCAUUUGAUUUUACACCAGAAAACUAUAAGAGGAUAGAAGCAAUUGUGAAAAACUAUCCAGAAGGACAUAAAGCAUCAGCUGUGCUUCCAGUCCUGGAUUUGGCACAGAGGCAACAUGGAUGGCUGCCCAUCUCUGCCAUGAACAAGGUUGCAGAAGUUUUAGAAGUACCUCCAAUGAGAGUGUAUGAAGUUGCAACUUUUUAUACAAUGUAUAACCGAAAACCAGUUGGAAAAUAUCACAUUCAGGUCUGCACUACUACACCUUGCAUGCUUCGGAACUCCGACAGCAUCCUGGAGGCUAUUCAGACAAAACUUGGAAUAAAGGUUGGGGAGACUACACCUGACAAACUUUUUACUCUUAUAGAGGUGGAAUGUCUAGGAGCCUGUGUAAAUGCACCAAUGGUUCAAAUAAACGACAACUACUAUGAGGAUCUGACACCUAAGGAUAUUGAAGAAAUUAUUGAUGAGCUGAAGGCUGGCAAAGUUCCAAAACCUGGUCCAAGGAGUGGACGUUUCUCUUGUGAGCCAGCUGGUGGUUUAACUUCUUUGACUGAACCACCCAAAGGUCCUGGCUUUGGUGUGCAAGCAGGCCUCUAAUUUAUAUUCAACUGUAAAUAUGUCACUGGAAAAAAUAAAAUGUGAAUUGCCUAUCUACAUAA